GAAGAAAGAAGAAGAGACGAAAAGUUUUCGGGAAACGUGUGUUUUCAUUUUCCCUGCGAAAUCUGCGAAAAUCCUGAAACGAUAUCGAAUAAUCCGAUCCACCCGUCGAUUCCCCUGUGCCACGACCGAUUGUUUGAUCGUUUUUCCUUGCCACAUCGACCACCGGAAGUAGUUAGCUCGAGAAAAACGCGGCGGAACUCUCCUCAUUUUCGUCGCCACGAAAAGCGCGUUUCGGCGUCAUUUUCGGUCGGAUCAGGAUUGUGCAAUCUUCUUUUGGGAAAUAAGCGUGAUCGACCGCAGUGAGGACCACGAUUUCCACGCAGAAGCAGAUUCUAGGCCAUCAUGGAACCCGCGAGCGGCUUUUGGCAACCCCGAGAGGACGGAUACGAACAGAUACGGACCCCCAAAGGUUGUACGCUCAGAGUGGCCGCGCCGGAGUUUGUCCCGAAGGUAAAACUAUCUACAGACAACACUCCAUAUCCACAACAGCAACAACCUGUCUACCUUCAGCAGCAACAUCAGCAACCCCAGCCGCACCAGCACCAGCACCAGCAGCAGCACUACUCGCAACAGAUGUCUAUGGGUCAGCCUAAAACGUCGGCACUACAACUUCGAAUGGAGCAAGCUGCCGCCGGAGAGCCGGGCGGAGGAGCCGGCGGUGGUAGUUACAGUGGUGGGGCAUCGUACGAUUACACGGGUGGCCACCUCGGAGGACACGGUGGUGGACCGCACAACAACGGGCCUAUGAGCAACGGGAACGAUCAGAUGAAAACUUCGGCGCUCGUUACACGGAUGAACAAUCUGGGCCUACGGGAUAGGCAGGACACGAAGCAGCACGAAUUCCAUAAUUCCACACAGUUCAAUCACCAUCCGCAACAGCAGCAGCAGCAGCAGCAGCAUCUGCAGCAUCAACAGCAUCGAUACCAGCAGUAUCAGCCGCAACAGCCGCAUCACCACCAGGGAUCGCAGGCUCAUCAUCACCACAACCAUCAUGGCCAUUCGCAAUCGAUGCAGCAACAGCAGAUGCAUCAGCUGCCGUUCGGUGGCUCUUACGGUACGAGCUACUCGAACGCGAUCCACAAUCAGAUGAACCAUCCGAUGUUCCUGGCUGGUGGUGGUAACGGUGGAGAUAACCGGAAGCACAAUGCAGCUGGUGGUCAGCAUCGUUCACGGCAGCAACAACACCACCAUCACCAUCAGCAUCACCACCAUCAGCAGCAGCAGCAGCAUCAGCAUCAUCACCAGCAAGGACCUCACCAUCACCAUCAAUCGGCGUCGUCGAUAGGAGGUGGUGGUGGAUCAGGUGGCAUGCCGAUGGGGGGCAACGGCGGUGGUGCAGAGUACGUCGAUGACGAACAGUCCUCGGAACAUCAAUCCUUUGCACUGGACUAUCUGACCGAGGUUAUAGCCGAGCUGUACGACAAUCCCGGUAUGUUUGAGGACGUCAAGGAGAAGCUAUCGAAAAUGUUUUCCGAUUUCCGUAACGAUCGCUACGUGUUGAGUAACGCCGUCGAGAUGAUCUUCGAGCAGUCAAUCAAGGAAUCGAACUUCCGCUACAUGGGGGCACGGUUGUGCAAACUGCUGGACAGUUUAGACGAGAAUCCCGAGAGCGUACUGCGCGAAAUGUUCCAGCUUAAGAUGGAAGAUCAGCAGAAUGAGCUGAAGCAGAUGAACCACGAACAGCUGAAGGUACGCGGUACCACGCUCUUCCUUGCCGAGCUGUAUAUGCAGUUCAGGAAUCCUCACGUGCAGUCCACCUUAACAAAGGACAUGGCUGGGCGUAUUUUUGCGGCGAUCGAAAUCUUGCUUCAAAAGCCUGGCCCUGAAAAUGCCAAGUGUGUCUGCCAAUGCCUAAAGCUCUGCGGUUUCGAGCUGGAACAAGACUGCCGUGAAGAUGUGCUCAACAUUCUGGAUAAAUUGCGCGAUCUCGAAAAGAACGUCAUGCAUUCAGUGGCCCCACUGAUCUCUUCGGUACUGAAACUACAUAACAACGCCUGGGGACGCAGCGAAGAAACAGUGCCCGUCGCUCCCGUACCUGCCGUCCCGGAUCGCAUGGUUGGUGUAAUGCCGCUAGGGGCCGAUUUCAGCCCUGUAUUCUACGGACCCGACGGAAAAGUACUUUCUGAAGAGGAGAACUCUUUCCUGGAAACUAAUCUCCACCAAGCCAAGAAGAAUGCCGUUUUUGACGAUUAUGAGGACGAUGAAGAUGCAUACGGGGUGGAUGAUCAGGAUCCGGAGGUGCAGCUGGCCUUUGAAAAUUUCGUUGCGGAAACCAAUCGGCCCAACCGACAGCAGCAUCAUCAUUAACUCCUAGGCUCCCUUUCUCGCUCUCUCUCUCUCUCUCUCUCUUUCAAUCUCAGCCCGCUUUGCGGAAACUAGUUUUGGCUUCGAAGUAGAAGCAAAAUGCGAAAGGAGCUCGGUAUGCGCGCGUUUUGAACAAAAUAGCUGCGUUAACGAUCGUGAGAGAGUGUCACUAGCGACAUCAUGCAAUGACCGGAAAAACGUGGAAAGGAAUACGAUGCAGGAGGAAGGUCGAAAAAAAGCAAGGUAGUGAAACAAACUUAUAUCCAAUAUAAAAAUCUACACUUAUACAUUCAAUUUGUCGAUAGAAUAGAUUGUGACUGUGGUCUAGCGAAACAGUGAGGCAGCAGGGCGGCAGGCAAAUUAAGGCAAAAGCAACAAAAAAAACUCAUCACUACGCAAAAACAAUACCCAGGGCACGUUUAGCAAUUUAUAGUCAGGCGGACAGUGAGUGAGUAACGGCG